AUGGCUCCAGAUUCGGAGGCACCGGGCGACCAGCUGGAGCCUCCCGGCAAAGACAAUGACCCUAACAUCGAGGAGGUCGACCCCUCCUACAAAGGCUUCGACGCGGUGGACGGCAUCGAGGUGGCGUGGGCAAAAGUGGAGAUAACCGACCACAUCAUGGGAUCUCCGAAGGAGCUUCAGCGGCUCCAGACAGAGAUCCAGCUGCUGCGGUCGCUCCAGCACAAGCACAUCCUCAGGCUCUAUGUCUCAUGGGUCGACAAGAAGAAGAGGACAGUCAACAUCGUCACCGAGCUGUUCACGUCCGGCAACUUGAGAGGGUACCGUACAAAGCACAAGAAAGUUGACCUGAAAGCAAUGAGGCGAUGGGUGAAACAGAUAUUGACAGGGCUAGCCUAUCUGCAUGGCCAGAAGCCACCAAUCAUACACAGGGACUUGAAGUGUGACAAUAUCUUCAUCAAUGGGAACCAUGGAAAGGUGAAGAUUGGAUAUUUUGGUUUGGCAAUGGUCAUGCAGCAGAGGAAAACACAGAGCUCUACAAGCACAUUAGAAUUCAUGGCACCAGAGCUCUUCGGUGAAUACUACAAUGAGUUGGUGGAUAUAUACUCUUUCGGGAUGUCUAUGCUUGAAAUGGUGACUAGUGAGUGCCCUUAUAGUGAAUGUCAGGGCUUUGCUCAGAUAUACAAGAAAAUUUCUGAAGGUAUAAAACCCGUUGCUCUCUCCAAGGUCAAAGAUGCAGAAGUGAGAAACUUCAUAGAGAGCUGCCUAUCUUCGGCAGCUGACAGAUUGCCGGCAAUUGAGCUCUUGAAGAGCCCUUUUCUCCAGAAAGAUGAUAUCAACGAGAAAAGCUCUAAUUCAGUGCAAGAACCGAUAGCAUUCCCGCAAAAUUUAGAAAUGGAUCUUGAUGCCACACCAAUUUUUGUCUCUUUGUUACCGAAUGAAACUGACAUUGAUGGGAAGGAGUCUUUCAGUCUGAUGCUUCGAAGGGGUCAAUUUGUGCUAGAAGGAAAUAUGAGUGUCACCAACCCGGUCAAGUUGUUACUAAGAGUUCCUGCUCCCAAUGGUAAGUGCAAGAAAAUUGGGUUCUCAUUUGACCUGGACAAGGACAACAGUCUUUCGGUGUCUACUGAGAUGGUUGAAGAGCUCGAACUGCCUCCUUGGAGUAGGCCUGUUGUGGCCAAGCUAAUAGAUGCAUUCUUACUCAAGACAGUUCGUGGUUGGAGACCUUGUGUUCAAGUUGGUCAGAUGAUUCAGGUGGUACACAACACUGCUUCAGGAAAUGGAAAAUGA